AUGAAUGUAGCUAGUGAAAAAGUAAGUACGGGUGUAAAAUGCGAAUUUGCGCAAAAAAAAGAAACCUAUGUUAAGAAAAAAAAAAGAAAAAAUUCUGAAAGCAAAAGAAAGAAAACACCCUCCACUAUAAAACACCAUAAAAAAAAAGAUGACAAUAUAAGUAACAAUCUUGUAGAAUCAGACUGCAAAUAUAAAGAGAAUUAUGAUGAUAUACCUGAUGAUCAAAUUAAUACAACUUAUGAUGACUGUACCAAAAAUGAUGAUUCAAAAAAUGAUACUGAAACAACAAGUAAUGAAGAUAGUUUUUUUAAAACUGAAAUGAAUAGCUGUGAUAUGCAACAGCUUUUUUAUGGUCUUUGGCAUUAUGUUAACUGUGCUAAUGAGAAAGGAUUUGAAAAUGAUGAAGUUAAAAAUUUAGAAUUAACAGAAAAUUCAAAUAGCUUCUUUUCUAAUGACAAAAUUCUUUUGUGUAAUAAAUAUAAUUUUUUUAAGGAUGAACAUAAUGGGGGAAAUUCUGAGGAAAUCUCAUCAGAUAAGAGAAAAUGGAAUAACCUCUCUUGCUGGAAUAAUGACAGUGACAUCAAAUGGAAGCAUUGCAUGGUAUGCGCGAGGAGGAACGGAAGCUUGGAGGAGUUAAACGUGAGUAGUAACAAUGACAGUAAAGAUGAUAAUAAUAAUAAUAACAAACAUAAUGAAAGUACUACUACUACUACUACUACUACUACUACUACUAAUAAUAAUAAUAAUAAUAAUAAUAAUAAUAAUAAUAAUAAUAAUAAUAAUAAUAAUAAUAAUAAUAAUAACAAACAUAAUGAAAGUACUAAUAACAGCAGCGCUGACAACUCUCAGCAAAAUCUAUGGGACCCUCUUGCAUACACAGAGAGCAGCGAAAAAAAUAAGGAGCAGCAAGACAAUGGUAUAUCGAUGGACCGUUCUAAUAAUAAGGAAAAUGAAAUAUAUGGAGAGGAUAAAGGGUGGGAUCUAAAUAGCAAAGAUAAAAGUAAUAAAACGGAAAAUAACUUCAAUGAUAAAACAACUACAAACAAUGGCAAUGGGGAUAACGCGAAUGUCUCAUCAUGCUCCGCAUCAAAAGAUUCAAACAUCAAAUUAAAAUCUUCUCCUUCUAUUGUUGAUAAAAAUGUUAUAUUUAUCCAAAUACAGAAUUUUUCUCAAAAAAUUGACGAGUAUAUAUCUGACGAAAGGAUUUUUACAGCACAGAAACUAAUUGAGCAUGUAAAGAAAUAUGUAGAAUAUUACAUUGAAUAUUUUAAAAAAAUAAACGAUAACGAAACAGUGGAAAAAUUAAUGAAAUACUAUGAUGAAGAACUCACAGAUAAGAAUAUUAAUUAUAAUAUUAAUAAUUUAAAAGUUAACAUUCUUUUUUAUUUUUUGAGUUUUUUUCGUUUAAAUGAUAUGUCCAAUAUGUUAAAAGACUAUUCCUAUUAUUUUUCUCUUGAUCCAAUAAACAAAACAAAUUCAGAAACUACUAGCGGUCUUCUUGAAAAUAACAAUUCGACAAAGCAUAGUGGGGACACUUUUAUGAAUAGAAAGUCGUCUAUACAAUCUUGCUUCGCUUCUGACUUCGGAAUAGAAGAAGGAGGAGGACCUAGUAACUCAUCGGCUAAUUAUUCAGGUAUAGAGAUGAGUAGAAGAGCUUCCAUGUUGAACACAACCCUUAGUUCGAAGGAUUUAAAAAAAGAGGAAAAUUGCAAUUACAAAGCUGACAAAAAGGAGCAGGAGCAGGAGCAGCAAAACACUAAUCGCAACAGUACUAGCAGCAAUAUGGAUGAUCAAACUAACAAAAGCAACGAUAGUAACAAUGCGAAAGAUAAGGAGAACAGAAACAUAUAUUUUUACCAAACUAACAGCCUUAUUAACAGCAAAAAGUUCGACGAGAGAGAGCUUAAUGAAGACUUCAGUACUAUUGUUGAUAAAGUAUAUCAUCAACAUUACAACAACUCUAAUUUUAUUAACUACAGAAGAAGGUCAUUUAGCAAAAAAAGUGUAGUAGGUGAAACUACUGUAAGUAGAAAAGGAAGUAAUCUUCAUAUGGUUAAAAUUAUAAAAAAGUAUUCAAGAAAAUUAAAAAAUUUUAGAAGAGCAAAACAGAACAAAGAAGGAUGGAUAAAAGAAAAUGAUAAAUAUUUUGAUUUAUGGCAUAGUGUUGAUAGUGAAAACAAUAUUACAAUACAUAUACGAGCAAAAUUAUCAUACGAUGUUAAAAAAAUCUUAUCAAUACUUAGUGAAACAGAGUUAAGUACUAAUUGGGCUCCUUUUUUAACAUCAGCAAACAAAAUAAAACAUUUAUCAAAAUCUAGUGCACUAAUUUCACAAAUGUAUGAAUAUCCUAUAAUUGGAAAAAAGGAGUCCUUAAUGUACUGCUUAGGUGCAAAUUCCUUAGAAGAACUCGGGUGCAUAAUCCUGUGCUGCAAGGCCCCCCCAGAAAUGAAGAAAGAUAUUUCGUUUUACCAAGAUAUGUGCGAACAGUUAAAUAUAAACAAAGAUGGUGAAAUACUAAAAGUUAAUGAGAUACCUGUAAAAUUCAGAAAAACAAAGAGCGAAGUAACAUUCUUUGAUUGCAAAUUACCUGAACCAAUUCCUAAAAUAGAUAGACAAAGAGCAGCUAAUUUGUGUUUUCUGUUAUACCCGUUAAAUGAUGGAAAUUCCACAGUUCUUGAGCUGUUUGUGCAUUUUGAAAAUGAAUUCAAAUAUACACCUAUUAAAAUGGUCCUUUUUUUUAUUAAAAAAAUUGUAAAAAAUAUGUACGAAAAUAUCAUUAAAUCCUGCAAAAAUUAUGACAAUAUAUAUGCCGACACUUUAACGAAAAAUUCAGAAUUUUAUGAUUGGUUAGACAAUCAACUUAAAAGACACAUGAAAAAUAAAAAUGGGAAACUUAUGGAUUCCGUAAGUCUUGAAAGUUAUAUCGAGCCGGAGAACAACGAAGAGGUUUAA